AUGUCUUCCACCGCAGCGGUAUCUGUGGUACAGAAUGUUGAAAGCUUCAUGCUGUCAAGCUUUUUUAAUACGGGCCUGACCUUCAUAGUUUCAUUGUUCACUCUCGUCUUAUACGACUACGCAUUGAAUGUUCCGCUGGAGACCAAGCGUCGCCCUGGAAUGGCGUUCACAUAUGGAAUUGUUAGUUCGCGCAUUAUCGUCCUUGGUCAAACAUUUGCUCAACUUGAGUUCGAUAAGCUUCGCUACUUCGGCCUGAUAUUUUCCGCUCAUAAUCUUCGGACAGGGCUAUGCUUCCUUGCUUCAGAUGUACGUUUAGCUGCUUUCAAAGGCACAUUUGAAGGAUCAACAAUGGUUAUUUCUUCUAGGUGUUUCUUCGUAGGCGCACUCACAACAGCACUGGAAGCAGUGAUUGUUUUUUUUGUGCAGGCGAUGAUGGCUUUACGCGUGUGCGCGUUACUUGGUAGACCAAGGAAAGUUAUCGUCAUACUCUCAGUUGCGUUCGCUCUUGUGCAGGCGGGAAAUCUGACGCAAGCCGUCAUCAUGGUUACUUCAGGGUCUCAAAUAGCAUCUAACAGCCUGUCAGCUGAAAUACGGCUACAAGGAAUCGAUGCCUGCUUAUACAGCUAUACGCCCGCUGAUAAGCUCUCCACUGUUGUUGUCUACGGAAUGUUAGCCGUAUUUGAGGCUAUCAUGUUCGCAUUCGUCGCCUAUUACGUUAUGAGCAACCUCUCCGCUCCGUUUUGGCGACAUCCAGCGACGUCCGUCGCUAGUCUGGCUUCAAUUAUUGUGCGAGACAAUCUCAUUUGGUUUGUCGUGUACGUACCCUCCCUCGUUUCUGAGCGCCUAGUCUCACAGGCCGUCCGCAUAGUGCUUUCAUAA